AUGGCAGACGACGAAGUUCAAGCGCUCGUUGUGGACAAUGGUUCGGGUAUGUGCAAAGCCGGUUUCGCCGGAGAUGAUGCACCCCGUGCCGUGUUCCCGUCCAUCGUCGGUCGUCCACGUCACCAGAUCAAGAUUGUCGCUCCACCGGAGCGUAAAUACUCCGUUUGGAUUGGUGGUUCCAUCCUCGCCUCAUUGUCCACGUUCCAACAGAUGUGGAUCUCCAAGCAGGAAUACGACGAGUCUGGUCCGGGUAUUGUGCACCGCAAAUGCUUCUAA